UUUUGCAGCUUUGUAGCUUGCAGCUUGGCCACCAUUUUUGAUUUGGAUUGCGCUGUAGCUGGUUAUGAAGCAAACAGAAUGCGACUGCUGCUGGAUGCUGUCGCCCCUACGGUGGGAUGCCCACCGUCCUUGUGAAGUGCCGUUAGUUAAGCAGCGGCGUGAUCAAACAUUCAGCAUGGUUGGUUGGUGGGGGUGGCGACAUGAGGCGAAAGGGCCGUCAUGUCACUUAAUCCGCGAGCUUUUUGCCGUCGUCUACAACUGUAACUUUACGAUGACUGGCUUUUGCUAUCUGUUGAUUGCUGUGCACUUGUUCGCCAAACCGCAGAGAGCGCUGGCAUUGCCAUCGGCAGCGGGCGUAACGGUAAACGACAAACAGCGUCGCCAGCGUCGUCGACGGCACGACGGUCGCAUCUGAUAGACAGCUGUCUCCCGGUUACGUCAGUCAAAAUGACGCAUCGUGUUUUGGUAACAGGAAAGCAUAAAAGCCAGCAGACGCAAACGGAGCUGGAGCGAGAGUCGCUGCCGCAACAAAAGAAAAUCACCACAAAACAAAAGAACAAAGCGCACACAGCGACAGCGACAGCAGCAGCGAACAGCCAGCAGCAAGCAACAAGCAGCGACGCGACGCAGCCACACAAAAAUUGUGCGCGAGACAACGUUUGGCGCCCACAUUGAGCCACCCUCGCACUUUGGGGCCAAACUCAGGCAACUCUGGGCCAAUAACCUUUGCGCAAUUGGGCAAAGUGCAGUCGCGACGGGGAACUCUCCAAGGCGCAGAGCGAAAUUCUCAGUCUCCCGCUUUGCAUAGUGUAAAUCUAUGUGCGUAUACAUUUAAUUGCAGCACAGAAAGACCAAUGAAUUGAAUGACUUUCAGUUACCCACUAUAAAUGUGUGUUUGUUCAGAUACAUACACAUAUAUUUUUACCCCGCCUAAAAGUAUAAUUGAACAAAUUUGAUUUUAUUUCAA